AUGAGGAAGACUCCUCCUCCUCCUCCUCCUCUCUCGGUGUCUAACCCUUUCUCACCGCCUCCUCUUCUUCGUCAUGUUUUCUUUUCUCUCCUUUUCCACCCCUCUUUCCUUUAUUCUUUUUCUUUCUCUUUGUCGGCCGUCACAAACCAGUCGGCAAUGCACGACAUGGAAACACCACUUGAUGUUUUGUCAAGGGCUGCUUCUCUCGUGGAAACAAACAAUAUUCAUAUCUAUCUAUUUUUCUAUCUCACAGUUCAUAUCUAUCUCAAUCAGUUCAUAACUUCAUAUCUAUCUAUCUAUCUAUCUCAAUCUGUUCAUAUCUAUCUAUUUCAAUUAAUCUCUAUCUCCCCACCUCUCUGUGUAUCUAUCUAUCUAUCUAUCUAUGUCUUAAAAUUUAGCAAAGCCGUUCAUAGAAUUAUCAUUUAUGACUACCGGCAAAUCCGAGCGAAUUUGACGCAACUUUCUUUCUUUCCUUCCUUCCUUCCUUCUUUCUUUCUUUCUUUCUCUUGUCUUUAUUUAACUUUUUCGUGUUUACCCACCCGGUUCCCCUUUUCUCUGUAUACGCGUCUAUAUCUAUCUAUCUAUCUAUCUAUCUAUCUAUCUAUCUAUCUAUCUAUCUAUCUAUCUAUCUAUCUAUCUAUCUAUCUAUCCUUUUCUUUCUUUAUUUUCUUUUCUCGUCAAUCUCACUUUUUCUUUUUGAGUUUCCUUAAGUCUGUUCCUUAA